UCACAGUCUCACAUCACACCUUUUCUCUCUCUCUCUAAUUUUCUGUGUCUGUGUCUUCUCGAAUCUACCUGUUUCUCUCAUAAUUUGUUUAGUUCUCUUUCUGAAUUUGGGAAAUUGGGGUUUCGGGUAAGAAUGGGGAAGAAGAAGGGCAAAGUUUCCGGUGCUGCGGCGAAGAAUAAGGGGAAGAAAAAUGUGACGAUUAACAAGGAGGAAAAAUCGGAAAACUGGUGCUUUGUUUGCAAGGACGGCGGCGACCUUCGCAUAUGUGAUUACAAGGAUUGUGUGAAAUCUUAUCAUCCAGAAUGUGUGAAUAAAGAUGAUUCAUUUUUGGAAAAUGAAGAACACUGGGCGUGUGAUUGGCAUACUUGCUCCAAGUGUAGCCGAGCUGCUGCAUUUCACUGUUACACCUGCCCAAAUGCUGUGUGCCGUCGCUGCCAUCUUGAUUCAAAUUUUUCAAAAAUUAAAGGGAAGUAUGGAUUCUGCACUCUAUGCUUGAGACUUGCUUUGCUUAUUGAAGACAAUCAUGAUGUCGACUCUGAUGGGGAAAGUGUUAAUUUUAAUGACCGAGAGACAUACGAGGGUCUAUACAAGGAAUAUUAUGAUAUUGUUAAAGGGGAUGAAGGAUUUGAUGCAGAUGAUGUUUUUUCAACACUAAAUGAGGUCAAGGUGAGAAAGAAUCGUCGAUCUGAAAAUAUUUCGGACGACUCUGUUGAAGUGGAAGAUGUGGCAACUGACGACGAUGAAUAUGAUGACGAUGAUGAUGAUGAUUCUGAGCCUGAGCCUGAAAAGAAACAUCGUAGAAUGGAGAAUAAAUUUGAGAAUCGGAUUGCUGCAAUGAAGGCAGCUGCAAAAUCGGGUAAAACAGAGUUUGUCGGCUGGGCUUCAAAAAGACUUCUCGAGUUUCUUACAGCGAUUGGUAAAAGCACCGAUGAGAAAAUGUCGCAGCAUGACGUGGCUACGAUAGUCAACGAUUAUAUUAAAGAGAACAAGCUCAUUAAUCCUGAGAAAAAGAGAAACAUAAAUUGCGAUGGACCGCUACAAGCUCUCUUCAAGCGACGAACAGUGAGUCGAUACAGAAUCAAUGACCUUCUAGAGGAACAUUUCGCCGAGAAUCAAGAAGACUCGGAGGAUGAUGACAAAGAGGAUUAUAUUUCGGAAAACAAUGAUUCUGAUGUAUCGGUUCCUUCGAAAAAGCAAAAGAAAAGAAAGCGACAUGACGAGAUAAAAAUUCAAAAGGAAGAAAUAAAGUCGUACCGAAGCCCUUAUGCAGCCAUCUUACCUGAAAAUAUAAAGCUCGUUUACUUGAAGAAAGGCUUGGUGCAUGAACUACUCAAGCAGCCCGAGUCGUUUGAAGAAAAAGCUGUCGGAUGCUUUGUACGUGUCAUUUCAAAUCCUCAGGAACGUCGGUCGAAACAUAUUUUUCAUCUUAUGCAGAUCACAGGUGUCAAAAAUCUUCCGAAUGGUGAAAACAGCUCCGAGACUUUCCUUAAAUUUUCCGACAUCCCUGAAGAAACUUCUGUCAAUUUCUUAUCGGAAGAAGAUUUCACCAAGGAAGAGUGCGAAAGUUUCAGAGAAAAAGUGACAUCCGGUCAGAUCGAAAAGCCUACUGUUGCUUAUCUGGAUAAGAAGGCGAAAAUGAUCCACAAGGACAGGAUGAAUCACUGGAUCCGUAAAGAGCUGGUUUUGCUUCAAAACCUGAUCGACCGUGCGAAUGAGAAAGGAUGGAGACAAGAGAGGUUCGAGUACAUGGAGAAGAAAAGGAGACUGCAGAACCCGGCCGAAGUACAAAUGAUGCUGGAAAAUGUCCCCUUCAUUACUCCCGACGCAUUUGAGUUUCCGGAACCAACGACGGAUUUUAUGCUCAAGGAUUGAUUUUAUGCAUCGAUCUUCCGAUGUAGUGAGAAUUUUCGAUCGAGAUUCGAACAUCAUCUUAAGGUAGGUUUGGCGGAAUUUGGGAGUUGUCUGGAUUUGUGGACGAAUUUAUUAUUAUUGCAAUUUGUAGGGGAUUUUAAUUAGCUCUUGCUUGAAUGAUGGAUGAUGAUUGUGGUUCUUGAAUUUGAACUUCAGUUUCAGUUUCAGUUUGA